CCAUCAAUCGCCCCCCGGAAGUACCUCCGUGGCACAGUAAGGUCACACAUGUACAAUACUACUAGUACGAUGCAUUACCUCAAUUGACUGCGACAGACAUGAUUGCACAGCCUCAUGUUUGGUUGUGCCACUGAAAACCGCUUCCUCGUCGGAGCUGACGAUCCCGCGCCAUCCCACUCUUGUGUAUGCAACAACAUUGCAACCCCACUUCGCAUCCUCAGCUCAGUACUCGCGCGCUGCUGCGAAAUCACCAUGUCUGGUAUUGAGGUCGCGGGACUGGUUCUCGGCGCUUUCCCAAUCGCCAUUUGGGCACUGGAGCGAUACCGUGAUGUGGCGCGAGUGAUGGGCUUUUGGUACGAGAUACGACUCGAGUACCAGCGCAGCAUCAGCGAGCUCAAAUACCACCGGCUGAGCUUCGUCCGAAAUCUGAAGCAGCUUCUUCUCCCUCUCGUUCAGGACGAUGCCCAGUUGCAGCGACUGAUCAACGAUCCAGCAGGUGACAGUUGGAAAGACGUGGAGCUCCAAACGGCAUUGGAAUGGAGACUGAAAGACGCCUAUGGCCUAUAUCUCGAGAUCCUGUCGGAGAUGCAGCGGGUUAUGCAGGAACUAAAUGAAGAACUGGCCAUCGAGAGUGAAGCCGUUCAGUCAAAGGUCCAUGAGACUAAGGGGCCCAAAUCGAAAAUCCCCACAGCCACCAAACUGCGGCAGUCUUUCGAUCGGUCAAACCGGGCAUAUCAGACAUUCCGAGUCAAGUUCAGUCUGGGCGCACCAAGAAGGACGCAGCUUUUUGCCGACUUGCAGAAGCACAACGAUCGGCUGGAAAAGCUCAUGACAUCAAGCGACGUCGUGUCCGGGCUGGAAGACAACCGCCAACAGCAGCUCGCCUCGUCACGGUCAACCAACACCGCGCUGAGCAAGUUUUGGAGUCAGGCUGAUAAGGUUUACAAGGCCUUUAUUACGGCUUUCAACUGCAGCUGCCGGGAUUACCACUGUGCUCAGCUCAUCCUGCAGCACAGGGAGCCGGUCGACAAGGACUUUUGCCUUCGUCUCGACUCCGGGGUAAAAGAAUCCAACCCUAACACCUCCUGGGAGAUGUUUCCUCUUGCUUUGAAGGUUCCCGGCCCGCAGCUUCAUAAUGCGACCACAGAGGCGCUGGUUAUACAAAAUGACAUGAGAACCUCGCUGCCGAUAUCAGCACCGCCAGGCUGGAGUAACAUGCCGAAGGAGACGGCGCUCUCCGCUGUCGGCAAGAAGAGAAAGACGGUGCGUGUCUUGGAAUCACAUGGUGUCACCCUGACACAGACGCAGACUCUCACCAUUCAUACUAAGGCUUGCGAGGCCGUUACUGUACACACCACACCAGCUCCUACACCUCAGGAGAGUCCGAUUACCAAUCUCUGUCAGACUCUCGGUUACAGUCACCGCACCAUCUCCAAGGUCCCAGAUUCCCUUCCCUCGAUCGGCUAUCUCGAGCUCGAAGACGACGACACCCGCUACUACAUCUAUCCGGACAGCAGCUUAGCCCCAAGCCAAACCCAUAUCAGCCUCGGCCAAAUCAUCCUAGGCGAGAUCAAGCCCCCGCUCACGCGCCGCCAACGCUACCGCCUCUCGCUGACGCUCGCCUCGUCAUUUGUUCAGCUGAAGGAUACGGCCUGGCUGCAAACACCGUGGGAGAAGGGAGGUGUGUUCUUCUCCUUGAACGCGGAAGGGGGAACGCCGAGGUUGGACCAGCCGUUCAUUGUGAGCCGGUUCGAUGGGGUGGAUCCCAAGAUAAAGCAAACGCCACACUCAGGCGGCACCACAGGUACUAUCAGUAGUAGGGCCACUGGACACGACGUGGCGGGCAUUGCGUGUCUCGGGGUUCUGCUCUUGGAGUUGUGCUUUGGACGUCCUAUCGAGUCCCAUCCCAGCCGAAUCGCCUUUCCGGAUGGUGAGAGAAUGGAUCAGCAUACCAGGGCUGCACUGGAUCUGAUUGCUGCACUGGAGUGGCUGAAGGAGGUGAACGACGAAGCCGGGGCAGACUACACGGACGCUGUCGAGUGGUGUCUCGCCGGGUGUAGGACGUUGCCUAGUGACGGAUCGUGGAGGAGACAAAUGAUGCAGAAGGUUAUUGAGCCACUGGAGAGAUGCUAUAGGUACCUGGGAUAAGGGAUGCCCAACGUUUCUGGCCGGGAAUCAGCAGGUUCGCACCUGUUUGUCACGAGCACAUGGCCGCACAGCCCGUGCCAUAGUCUUGCGCGGGGUUAGGGUUUUCCAACUUGCAACACAAGGAUUGAUUUAUAUCAAUGGUCUUUUGAGUUCAUUGUGACCAGAGGACCUAAGUAGGUACCUAAUAACAAACAAACACAUGCAGUUGGUGGGCUCCCAGUCAGCAAAUGCCCCCAACGCUCUUUCAUCUCGUGAUGGAAUGGUUUGUUCAAGGCGUGCAGGCACUGUUGGUAGCUGCGGCCGCAUUCUGACCGCCAAGCGGGCGCCAUCGCGGCGCUAAGUUGAGGACGUUGUCUUUGAGUCGAAGCCGGGCACCAACUGCAUUGUGUGACCAAGCAUGGGCUGUUUGUUGACUCACGCCGAUACCCAG